UAUAUGGCUACAACAGGCUGAGUUUUAUUGUGAAAUGAGUUCUGACUUGAGCGUUACGCCACUCCUGUUAUUAAACAAAAGGGAGGGACUUUGCUCAGAGCCGAUCUGUCACGGUUCACCUCGAGUUUCCGCGGUUCCUCCGAGGUCUGAGACAGAGCGCUCUGAAAAUCCUACCAGAACUGCGCCCACAAAAGCUUUAAGCUGUAGGUCUCUCAUGAUGGCCGAAGCCGACGAAUCUGCCUUUUCUCUCAUGAGCCUGGAGGACGAGCUGACCUGCAGCAUCUGUCUGAGCCCCUUUGACUGCCCGGUCACCAUCCCCUGCGGACACAACUUCUGCCAGAACUGCCUGCUCGCCACCUGGAAGGACUCCUACAGCUGCCCCCAGUGUCGGACCCUGUUCGCCACCCGGCCGGAGCUGAAGAAGAACACGGUCCUCAGCGCCGUGGUGGAGACCUUCAGGGUCAGGUCCAACAAGACCGAAGAUGCUGGUGCAUGCAAACCCGAGAAGAAGAGGCAUGUGGUCCGCUGUGACACCUGUAUGGAAGCGGAGGCAGCCCAGACCUGCCUCACCUGCAUGGCCUCUUUCUGUGAGGAGCACCUGCGGCCCCACCGGGAGAACCCCAUUUUCCGCCUCCACCAGCUGACGUCCCCCGUCGGGGACCUGAUGGAGCGGAUCUGCACCGACCACCACAAGCUGAUGGAGCUCUUCUGCAGCCAACACCAGCGUCCGAUCUGCAGCCUCUGCCUGCAGCAGGUCCACAAAGGCUGCUCCUUCACCUCUCCAGAGGAGCAAAGGAGCAAGAAAGAGCUGGACCUGAGAGAGAAGUUAGUUUUUCUGGAUGGAAAGCUCUCGAAGAACGAGAGUGUAAUUUCUCAAAUGAGGGUCAUGCAGAACAAGCUACGGGAGUCGGCCAUCCACAGGAAAAGUGCCUUGUCGGCCGGGUAUCAGCAGAUGCGGGACAUGAUGACCAGAGAGGAGGCUGACGCCCUGAAGGCAAUAGACAAAGAGGUGGAGACUGGUGAAGCCAAAAUCAGAGGUCUCAUCUCAAAGUUCAGCGAGAACGUCGACAACAUUGGCAAAGCUAAGGAGGAAAUCGUCUGUCUGCUGGGCCAGUCCCAAACCCUGGCCUUCCUGCAGACUUCAUUUAACCUUCCCCAAGCUGUGAGCUAUGACCCUUACAGCCCUCGAAUCACUCUGGAUUCCAAGAAGGUCGUGCAAGCCGAGGCCUUUGUUUUGACAUUGAAGAACUACCUGACAGAGCUCUUGAAGCAACCCGUGGAGGCCAGAAUCCCAAAACUCAUGGCAGACAUUAAUACUGGCACAUUUGCAGCAGAUGAAAGAGCAGCUUCUGCCUCUGGUUAUUCAUCUACGAGUCUUGGAACUAAUCAGGAAUCCGAGCCGAACAUUCCCCCAGCGUACCCUCGACUCCCCAGAUCCCACAGUCCAGCUCCUCCGGCCAAAACGGCCCAGAAGAAGAAACCUCAAAAAGCCGCAAAAAACCCUUCUCUGACCAUCGAAACCAGUGCGGACAAUAAGAAGCUGGGACAAUCUCUGGAACACCUGCUGGAGUUUGGCGUGAAAGAAAAACCAAGGGGACGUCCUGCUACUGCUGAAAACAAAGAAGUGACUGAGACUACAGACAUUCCCUCAGAGAUAAGCUCUGCUGAGAAACGAAGUGACCUUAUGAAAUAUGGCACUGUGCUCAAUUUUGAUCAAAGAACGGCCCAUAAACGCAUCGAACUAAGCGAGAAUUUCACUAAGGCCACGGUGUCCGACGAGCACACAAACUACCCCGACUGCCCAGAGCGCUUUGCCGUCUGCUCCCAGGUCCUGGCCUCCAAGGGGUUCUCCGCGGGCCGCCAUUACUGGGAGGUGCGACUGAGCAGCAACAACUUCAUCGGCAUCGGGCUGGCUUACGGCAGCAUCGACCGCAAGGGCCCCACCAGCAGGCUCGGCCGCAACAGCAAGUCCUGGUGCGUCGAGUGGUUCAAUGUGAAGCUGUCGGCCUGGCAUAACAGCACGGAGGCGGUGCUGGUCAAUCCGAACCCGAAACGCGUCGGGGUGCUGUUGGAUUGUGAGGAGGGCAAGGCUACGUUCUAUAACGUGGCAGACAGGGCGUAUCCCUUCCAUUCGUUUAGUUUUCAGUUCGCUGAGGCCGUCUACCCAGCCUUCUGGAUUUUCUCCAGUGGCUCUUGCAUUACUCUGUGCAAGCUUCAGUAGAGUUCGACGUGCAGUUAAAAUGUGAAAACUGUAUGUGUUUACAAUGAAGCAUGAGAAAGACGCCAGGCUGACUGGUGCGUCAUUCAACACUGGUUAGACUGGAAUGAGGACGUGAAAAUAAAACGUUAAUCUAAGGAUCCUUAUUAACCCAACUAACAUGUUCAUUUAAACUACAAACCAAAUAUUACCAGUAUGUUUCUCUGUGAUUGGCUAUUUAUCUUCAUCAUCACACUUAUAUUCUACAGUUUCCCUCAUUAUUGUCACGUUCUCUGAGGUGCUAAGACUCCUCUUGGUUUAAAGGUAUACUACGCACCUGGUAUUUCUAAGUUUCUAGUUUCCAUUGAACUGUACUUUGCAAGACAGACCUCAUUCUGAGAUAUAUUGUUGUUUUAAUAUCAUAAGAUCCAGAAACAAACAUAUUUACAAGCUAAGACGAUAUUAAAGUGGGGGGUCAGUGGUCAAUUGGUUUUACUUGAAGUUUUCCCCCAGAUUAAUUGGCAACAUAAAAUAAGACAAGGAGUUCCUACAGAGUAAGACACAAUGACACUUUAAGGUUAAGUUUAGCUAUACCUUGCUUAGUAUACCUUUAAACACUUCUUUCUUGAUUAUUUUAUUUCCCUAGUCAGUAAAGAUUGGUUGGACCAUUCCUUUAUGCCCUGUCAUAAGGUGAUUCUUACAAAAGGAUUAUUAAGGUUAUGAUUCUGUGCUGACUGACUAAGCAGACAGAUGAAAGCCUUAAUACAUAAAUGGAUGGGAAGGGCUGAGGGUGGAUCAUAAUAAAGCACUUAGCUCUUGGUGGAUAGUGUGGGAGCUUCUUUUUUGGCCAUAUGGCCAAAAGAGAAGCUGGUUUUGGGUUUUGGUUUAGAGUAAAAGCUGCUGAAGCGUUUUACUCAAGUGUUUGGAUUUGGUGAUUGGGAUUAGCUUCUGCGUUUUGUUCCUAAUUAUGGGAUGUAUUUAAAGGAAAACAUUUGAUUUUAAAACAUCCAAUGUAAUCAAGGAAUAAGACUUGACUGUCUUUCAAUCGGUGUGGAUUGGAGAUGGUCACCCUUUUUUUUUUCUAAUCUGAAACAGAACAGGAAACAGAAACAGGACAGGAGCUGAGCUUGUGGCAGUGGACCAGAUUAUUAUCGUUAUACUCUUAAAAUAUGAGCGAUAAUCUGGGAUCAGUUUUGGAUUUUCAGAUUUGUUUACAGAAUUUCUGCACAAUGUCAGAAAAUCUCUUGCAAUAUUCUUGUGAAAUACUGCAGUGAUUAUUUCAGUUGCGACAAAAUCCACAGUGACAUGAUCCCACUUCAGGUUAAGGAGUGUACUGAUGGAUUCAGAAACUUCACAGACCCUGUUUCUCCGGUGUUGCUCUGUCCUGUUAAGACAUCUAGCAGCAAAUCUUUUUGGACAAACGCCUGUAAAGUUUUUACUUUUGACUGCUGGGUGUUUGCUUCCUAUGAACAUGCAGGUCUUUCAGCUUCCACUUUGUUCAGGGAGAAGUUGAGAAGCUUGAUAUCGAGGCUUUGGUAUCUGGAAAUGGGAAGAAAAGAGUUGUAUCCAAAAAAUACAUCUAGCAUGUAUCUGAUAAAAUACUUGCAAUUCAAUAAAAUAAUAUUUUACCACAAAAAAAAAAAAUAAAAAAUUUAGGUUACUAAAUCUUGUUUAAAUUGUGAAAAUUAAUCACUUGUCAUUUUAGGUGCAGGGUUUUCAUAUUAAGCACGUGUUUUGAAACCUGCUUUUAUUUGUAAAGGAGGCUAUAAAGACUAGAUGGAAAGUUGCAGCCAAAAAAAGUAUAUGACGAGAUAAAAAUAUUACUUGUGGACACUAUGCCAAAUCUAAGAAAUCAGAGUAAAUGGAUACAUUGCCUUUUGUCAGGAUUACCAAGCCGUGAGUGUUGACAUCAUUUCUUUGAUUAUAGCAGACGUCAUAUAGAGUCUGUUUUACUAAAGAAAUGAAACAUCCGUCUCUCUUCUAUUCACCUGGAAGACUCUUUGGCUUCACUGGUGGAGUUUGGAUGAGGAAAUGAUGGGGAGAACGAAGAUAUUCAGCAACAGUCCAGGUCCAGAUUUGAACUUGGUUCUGUUGUGUUUUUAAGCCUCACAGAGGUGGAACACUUUAGUUUCCUCUAAAAGUUGGAAAUGCUCUGUUGGCUUAGUGUGAGCUAACUGGAAGGAGGGAAGAUUUCCAAUUCAUGAAGUUUUAUGUUGCAUGAUGCUUAGCUUAAGUCAUUUGUUUCUGCAGUUUAUUAAUAAAAGCGGUUGCAUUCAGAUGCUGUUUUGAACACCAUACAUGUUCUAAACCUGUGAACUCUACUGUUAUCUACAACAACUUUUAGGGAUCUUUCCAGGGUGCCACUUGUUUAUUUAAAUCACACAUUAGAGUUGUUUCAAUUCCCAGCUAAUGUCUCCUUGCUCAUUUUCUUCUGCUUUAUUUUUUUUUUUUGUCAUGUUCAAUCAAAGCUUUCUUUGAGUCAUGUUCUCUGUUGUUUGGAUAUAUUAAGCCAAAACUGAGCUGAAUGGACUUACUACAUUUUAUUAACAUGACGACUUGAUCAUUUUUUUUCUUCUACUGUUUCGAGCUUAAAAAUCAUUCUAAAUAAGAUCUUUUGAUGGAAUAAACAGCAUGAUGAUCUGUAAGAAUGUAUUGUAUUUUCUCAUCUGAUGAAAGGCUCCUGUCUUGUGUGCCUGUUUGUCUUUCUUCAGACAGCUAUAGUGAAAUGCAAUGUAUUUUUUUCUUUUGGAUUAAUAAAGUAUAAUCGAUUGAUUGAAUAAA